AUGUCUUUAGUCGUGCUGUUUUUGUUGCACCAAACAGUUUUUGUGUAUGGUAGAUCGAAUGAUUUUUUAACAAUCAAACGACACAGCAACCAGAAUAGAAAAGUAGACGGUUUUACCGUGACAGGAUUGUACGAGAGGAGUACAUGCCAAGAAAAAUGCAGCCAUUUUAAAACAAGAGUGGUUCCGUCUCCUAACGAUGAAUGUGUAUGCGUUUGCUCUCCUCAAGCAGCAACAUUUGGGAUAAAGAAUAGUACCUGGCAAUGCAUUAACAAUAGAGAGCUUCGCAUGAGGGAAUUGGCUGGUAAGUUGAUUUCACAAUUGUGAAAUGAAUUUUACCUGUGAGAUCUAAAGUAGACAGAGUGACAACAAAUGGCUGCGAAUAUGCCGUAGGAAAUUCUUAUUUAUGUUCUUGGCCAUUGUGAGAAAAUAAUCGAUUCAAUAUCAUCGUGAUAAUCAUGGAAUUCCAAAAAAGUGGCGAUAUAUAAGAAUAAAUUAUGAUAAAAAAAAUUAUAUCUAAAGAAAAGGUUGACGCCACCUUUGAAGGUCAUACUUAUCAGCAAAUGAAUUGUCGCAUUGUCUAUCAUAAGUCUCUUAGGGAAGAGGGAGGGGGGGGGGGGGCAAUACACUGUAGCGUAUGUAUUUAUAAGGUGAGCUGACUUAAAAUGCAAGCUACACACCAGGACGAUCUGAGUUGCGUUGCCACUCUCUUCUUAUCAAGAUUGCAGGAAAACGUAUUUUAUCAACGAAAGUGAUGAAGACCCUUUGAGAAUGUUUGAGAAAGGACAAAGGGCUACUCUACAGGUGAACCCCGACAUAAAGUGUGCUAAUAAUAAAGCAAGCCUCAGUUUUCAAGCGUGGGACGGAGAGUUGACACUGCAGAACGAAACGUCUGCCGAUUGGGGACUUGAGGUUACGAGACAAUGGACAGGCUCAACUCGUCGCUAUAUUCUUAAGGUGAGAAACACAAAUUACUGGUUCAAAAAAUGAAAGAAAAUUAACUGCAUGUCUUUCAACAUUGUUCAAUGGUAAUAGAAAAUCAAUGAAAUGAUUUUGCAUUCACGACAACCAUUGCAAGAUAUCAAAGCAGUCAGGGGAAGAAGAGAAAAUGAUAUCUUACUUGUGAAUGAUCGAUAAGUGCUUAUUUAAGUAAAUCAUGAUUAACUAUCCUUCUUGAUUCUCUGGACCUACAUGUAAAGUUCGGAAUAAUUACGUAAUAAGGUUUACUUGGCUCCGCUCGUCUACGUAUACACUACAGAAAAAAAAAGGCUGAAAGCUGAUUUACAAUUACCCUAACUGUCUAUGUCUUUAAGGUAAAACGGUAGAAAUUUAAACAUAGUGAGGCAUUCCAGGUUAUGGCGGAAUAUCUGAUCAUUUUAUCCUUAUUUCCAGAUAAAUGACGACGAUAAUCUCAAAUAUUUGCACGGAAGAGUCAUAAAACUAACCAUUCCAUGUAACGGGCCUGAGAAAUUUUGUUUGCUUUUCAAGAUGGCGGGGACGAUUACAUGUACGUAACAUUGGAUGCAUUUAGUUUUUGGCCUUUUUAAAAGUAUACCGGAUAUAUAGUUUUACUGAUUGGUGAUAACCUUCGAGAAAAGAUUCGAAUUUUGAUUUACUUUUGAAGAAGUACCUUCUGUUACAAAAAUAACAAAAAGCUACUUGGGACCCGAAGGUUUGACCUUUGCCUCCUGUUUCUUUCUUUUGUUAUAAUUGCACUAUUACACAUUGUAUUAUAAACCGACAGUCACGUUCCCAUAGAGAGAGUUUAUAACUCCUUGGCACCGUGAGUGGCUCAAUGAUAAGCGCGGGACUCCAGAUCGUAAGAUAUCUAGAUCAUGAGAUACUCUCAUACUGUUUCCCAUCCAUUUUCCGUGGUACUGAUAAGGAGAAGUUGUAAAAUAAUAAUGAGCUCCAUUAGUUCGCGAUCAUUUUAAUUAAUCUUAUGACUGUAAUUCUUAAUGCAGCAGUUGUACUAAUUAAAUGUUAGUCACUGUUAGAGGAAAAGGGUGCUGUAUAAUUUUACACUAUAACAGAAAAUGUUUUUCUGUCCACAGGUCCUCUAAUGAACAUUUCGACGCCCAAAUCACCUUUACCAACUGCAACCGUAGAGAAAUGUUUACCUUCCGAGGCGAUCGCCAGCACUCCAGACUCUAAAACCUUAAAGAAGGGUGUAUCCUCAACCAUACCCAGUACAAGAGCUGCUGUAGCGACUAACACAGUAUUCCGGGUAUAGUUAUUGAAUUUCUUACUUUAUAUUUCAUUUUCCAUCCCAGCUCUGACGGAGUACUGACUUGAACCUCUUUUAAGUCAGAAGAAGAACUUUGCCUAUUAAGGAGAGGCUGGUGGGAAAAUUAUUACCAGCUACCACAUUUCUAUCAUGGGCAUAAUUUCGCAUGGCCACUCACCGAAAUAUAGGAGAGCAAAGCAAAUCAAUCUGUAAGCUGCCUAUUACAUCACAAAAAGACUUUUAUUUCGUGAUCAAAGCGAUUUUGAAAUCAAUAAGGAACGCCGCGGUAAACUUCAAAAAGUUAUCUUGGUAACGGGGAGAAAAUUUCAUUCAUCAUUAUUAUUAUCAUAAGCAUCAUCGUCUAUCUGUCAUUUUAACCAUGUUCAGGUUACUGAAUCCCUGGAGCACAAUGAGAAACAUGAUCAAGACUAUACGGAAAUUCAAGAGGCUUUUCAUAAAUUAUCAGUUCCUUUGGUCUCUGGAGUAGCGGUCGGAGUUGUCGCCGUGUUCCUGGUCUCUUUUUUCAUGGUUUGGCUUAUUUACCGGAAAAGAAACGAUAAGUAAGAUAGCUGUUAGUCAACGGUUUAGUCCUAAAUUACAAAAUACAUAGAGUGUAACAUGAGUUCCAUAAUAGUAAAGAAUACAUGCUUUUUUCCCUUUGCUCACAGGAAUUGUCGGAAGUCGUCGAAAAAGAAAACGCGUGCAGAUAAUGACAUGGACAAAAAAACGGACGCCGAAGGGGAGCCAGUGUACCAAAGCCUCUCUCCUUCGGCAGACGGCGACUUACCUAGAGGUAGGUUCAACGAUUAUCUUUCGUGAUACAACUACAGAAAAGGUUGACUCACUUUAAAUUAGGCGAAGAGAAUUAACAUACUCGUAAUCAACGUUUUCUAAAAUAAUACGAAUAUUUAAAAAAUAAUUUCUGAACAACUGCAGGUGUAUACGUGCAACGAUAUAAGGUGCCUGAAGCUGUUUCCCAACGAAUACCAGAGAAACUGUUUUUGCAUGCUGAAGCCAAUGGACGAGACACGUUCAAACCAGCUGUAGCAUCAACGGAAGAGUACGAUUAUGCGGAGUCCUGUCUAAUGGUGCGAAAUAAGGGGCUAAGUAUAGGCUGCUCCUCCUUACCAAUAAAGGCUCCUGCUAUGACUGUAGAGAAUGAUCCUUAUUACCAUGUACUUGAGACAGAGGACGAUGUCCUUAUACCAGGAAGUUCCGGCAGUGAUGCUCACAGAAUACCCCAGGAAAGAGCAUCUGUUCUCCUCGCACCUCAGGAUUCUAAGCCAACCGAUUCACAAAGACCCUUCGACGAUGAAGAUGAUGAGGGCGCUCAGGUGGCUAAGGAUACGGACCCUUAUUACCAUAUACUGGAACGAUCAGAGUCAGAAGUCCAUAAUUGUGGCAAUCAAGUGGGGUCCACAAUUGUGGCACAACCAAGUCAAGAAAGUCCUGAACCCAAUGGUUAUAGAGAGCUUUCAUUAGAAGGACAAGUCUACACAGGUUACCAAGCUUUACACAAAUACACGUACAUAAGUGCCAGAGAGCCUGCAGUCAAAUGA